AUGGAGCAGAUUCAAGGGACCAGCACGCCUCUAGGAGUAAUGCAACCACAGCCAGAGCCUCUGGAGACACCCGGAGCGUUCCAAGUGCCUGGAAAGCUACCUGCUGUUCGAGGAGCAUUCCAACGCUUUACUGCUGCUACUCUUGACUGGACAGCGGAGUGGUCUCAGACUGACGAGUGGGCCAAAAAAUACUGCAGCAAAACCAAUGCUGUAGCCCUAACUGAAGACAAUGCGUUAGUGGAACAGCUCAGAAUAGGAACUGGCGAGGAGUUUGAAGAGGAUGUGUUGACUUUCUUCCAGUCCAACCUGUCAUCACGAGUGCUGAAAGGCCAGGCAAAACGGGUAAAAUCAUUUUGUGAUAAUGCCCACCAUGUCCUCGACAGUGCAGCCCCAGAGGACAUCAAUACUGUCAAUAGCCAGAACCCUACAGCUUGGGUAUCUGACCGAGACUGGUACCCUGAGGGUAACUUUGGACGAGUGUUGAACAGGAGAGAGCUCUACGCCGUAUUACGGAAGAAGCCCUUUAUUAGGAGUGGCCAGCAAGCCGAGACAGGCCCACCUCGCCGCAUCUAUGUCAACAAACCUGAUGGAUCGAGUGUCAUGGCACUUAUCCGCACCACAUCUCCCUCCCAAGUUCCUGGGUUCCAAGAGCUAUUGGCCAACUACAUUACAGCCUCCCCAAAGCCAGUCAUUCGAUCAAGGGAGAUGACAUGGUGGGGUGCAAGGUCUUUUAUAUUCUCCUUCAGCCUUCCUUUCUUUGCCAUCAGUAUUCAAGAUCUCCUUGAUACUCGAUCAUUUUUCAAUGGCCAAGUUCAACUUCGACGUCGAUAUGACCUUUCCUUUUUACAACUAGGGGGUCAUGAACAGGAACAUUACGAUGAAGAUGAUGCUUUUCAAAACGAGCCAUGCUUGGUUGAAGCUGUUUAUUCAGUUGUGGUGACAGGCCGCAGCGACAAAUAUUGGGCUGCAGCUUGCUUCAAUGACGACUUCUUCGACAACACCGAUGAUCAGAGACUUUCUUCCGAGGAUGAUACAGAGCAUGUGGAUGGAAGUACAGAUCCUAUAAUCUUCAAGGAAGAGGGGAAGACUGAAUCACCUCGUGCCUAUGCUCUUGCUGCAUUGGCAAGUAUUGUCCUGAAAGUCGCAGAUUACCACAAAGACGUCCAGGACCGGUUCGAGGCCAGUUUAAAUCGCCAUCAGAGUUCGUCGCGCAAUGGGCCAUUUGAGUCGGCAGCUUUUGAGCAAAUGCAAGAUUGGAGAAAAAAGUACCUAGAGGUACUCGACAUUGUCAUCCAGUACAACGCUCGAAUCAUUGAGAAGCUCGAGCACUUUUUAUCUUACCACCUUGUCAUCAGCUCUGAUGGGUUGCCGCAGCACUCGUUGUGGCAGAGCGUGCAUAGCGAAGAACGAGCGUCGCAGUCUCUGAACGAUAUAAUCGCCAGUUUAUACAGCCUUCGCGAUAUUGACAGUGAGCUACGGCGGUUUCUCAAAACUUGCACUGAGGCAAGACGCGAGAGAAAAGAUGACCACGUGAAGGAGCAAGCGAACAGAGCAAAGAAAAACCAGCGAAUUACUUUCGCAGCAUUUGUCCUUGGCAUCUUGAACUUGAUCGCUCAGAUAUAUGCCAGCCGGCCAGACAAAAACAGCAACUGGUUGGCGUCGCCUGGGUUCCUCAUCCUUAUAGGGGGGAGUUUUGUCAUUUGCAUCGUCAUAUGCCUCGUCCCAUUCUGGGCAGAUUUGUCCCAAUAUCUUGCUCAGCUUGGCGGCCAUAUGUCUCAGCGCCUAUCAAUAAUAUAUCAAACAGCUUUGGAGCAAUUGAGUCUGGGAUAUUCUCCGGCUGCGACUAAUUGGUUUCAUGUUAAGGAGGAGAGUGAGGAGAGCACUUAG